UGUUUUUUUCCGACUGUCCCUGUGUGAGUUAAUGGCUCCUCCUGCUAGAUACGGAGCUGGUGGCGAGCAGUCCGAAAAACACUAACUACACCCGGGUAGAUAGUUAACGCGCAGGGUGGUUUGAGAGAGAGGCUCACCGGGUUGUAGUCGAGGCCUGGUGUUAAAGUGUGAAGCGGAUGGUCGAGGAAAGCGUUCUGUAUUUUAACAACAGACUCUCCAAAAAAUGAACUCCGUCAGAGCCACCAACCGGAGACCCAGGCGAGUCUCAAGGCCGCGCCCGGUGCAGCCCGACCGGAACGAGGGGGACCGAGCAGAUGAGGAGGCUCCAGCUGCAGCAGCGGAGGUGGCUGUGGAGGAGUCUGGGCCUGCAGCUGGGAACAGCCCCUACCAGCUCCGACGCAAGUCUCUACUGCCCAAGAGAACAGCCUCCAGUACUGCAGCGGCCUGCCCCAGCAAGACCGCUAUGGAGGGAGCGUCCACCUCGACGACAGAACCCUUCGGUCACCGAGCCAAACGAGCCAGGGUCUCUGGCAGAAGCCACGACCUGCCAGCGGCUCUAGCAGAGCAGUACCUGCAGCAGAAGCUUCCAGAUGAGGUGGUUCUGAAGAUCUUCUCAUACCUCCUGGAGCAGGACCUCUGUCAGACUGCCUGUGUCUGCAAACGUUUCAGCCAGCUAGCCAACGACCCUAUACUUUGGAAGCGUCUGUACAUGGAGGUGUUUGAGUACGCCCGUCCCAUGAUGCACCCCGAGCCAGGCAAGUUCUACCAGGUCAGUCCUGAGGAACACGACCACCCCAACCCCUGGAAGGACAGCUUCCAACAACUGUAUAAAGGAGCCCAUGUGAAGCCAGGCUUUGCUGAACAUUUCUACAGCAACCCUGGGAGGUUCAAAGGCAGGGAGAAUAUGCUGUACUAUGACACCAUAGAAGAUGCGUUAGGAGGGGUGCAGGAGAGUCAUUUUGAUGGGCUGAUCUUUGUCCACUCUGGGAUCUACACUGACGAGUGGAUCUACAUAGAGUCCCCUAUCACCAUGAUUGGAGCAGCUCCUGGUAAGGUGUCUGAUAAAGUGGUUAUUGAGAACACCAGAGACUCGACGUUUGUCUUCAUGGAGGGAUCGGAGGACGCCUACGUAGGAUACAUGACUAUUAGGUUUAACCCAGAUGAUAAGUCGGCUCAGCACCACAACGCCCACCACUGUCUGGAGAUCACUGUCAACUGUUCUCCCAACAUAGACCACUGUAUCAUCAGAUCUACCUGCACAGUGGGCUCGGCUGUGUGUGUGAGCGGCCAGGGGGCAUGUCCUACCAUCAAACACUGCAACAUCAGCGACUGUGAGAACGUUGGACUUUACAUCACCGACCAUGCACAGGGUAUCUAUGAGGAUAAUGAGAUCAGUAAUAAUGCAUUGGCGGGAAUCUGGGUAAAAAACCACGGCAACCCCAUCAUCAGACGAAACCACAUCCACCACGGCCGAGAUGUAGGAGUCUUCACCUUCGACCAUGGCAUGGGUUAUUUUGAGAGUUGUAACAUCCACAGGAAUCGUAUAGCAGGCUUUGAGGUGAAGGCGUAUGCUAACCCUACAGUGGUUCGCUGUGAGAUCCACCAUGGCCAGACAGGGGGCAUCUAUGUGCAUGAGAAAGGACGAGGACAGUUUAUAGAAAACAAGAUCUACGCCAACAACUUCGCUGGAGUUUGGAUCACUUCCAACAGCGACCCUACGAUACGGGGUAAUGCAAUCUUUAAUGGUAACCAAGGGGGCGUGUACAUAUUUGGCGAUGGGCGUGGCCUGAUCGAGGGGAACGAUAUCCAUGGCAACGCUCUGGCAGGAAUCCAAAUCAGAACCAACAGCUGCCCAAUUGUACGCCAUAACAAGAUCCACGACGGACAGCACGGCGGCAUCUACGUGCAUGAGAAGGGCCAGGGUGUGAUCGAGGAGAACGAGGUGUACAGCAACACGCUGGCAGGAGUCUGGGUGACAACCGGCAGCACACCUGUCCUCCGCAGAAACCGCAUCCACAGCGGCAAACAGGUUGGCGUGUAUUUCUAUGACAACGGCCAUGGGGUGUUGGAGGACAACGACAUCUACAAUCACAUGUACUCCGGCGUUCAAAUACGGACGGGCAGCAACCCCAAGAUCCGACGCAACAAGAUCUGGGGAGGACAGAACGGAGGCAUCCUGGUCUACAACUCCGGUCUGGGUUUCAUCGAGGACAAUGAGAUCUUCGACAACGCCAUGGCGGGCGUGUGGAUUAAGACGGACAGCAACCCCACGCUGCGGCGAAACAAGAUCCACGACGGGAGAGACGGGGGCAUCUGUAUCUUCAACGGCGGGAGAGGUCUCCUAGAGGAGAAUGAUAUCUUCAGGAACGCCCAGGCAGGGGUCCUCAUCAGCACCAACAGCCACCCGGUGCUCCGCAAGAACCGCAUCUUUGACGGUUUUGCUGCAGGUAUCGAGAUAACCAACCACGCCACUGCAACUCUGGAGGGAAACCAGAUCUUCAACAACCGUUUCGGAGGCCUGUUCCUCGCCUCGGGGGUGAACGUCACCAUGAAAGAUAAUAAGAUAAUGAAUAACCAGGACGCCAUAGAGAAAGCUGUGAGCAGAGGACAAUGUCUCUACAAGAUCUCCAGCUACACCUCCUACCCCAUGCAUGACUUCUACAGGUGUCACACCUGCAAUACGACAGACCGGAACGCCAUCUGUGUGAACUGCAUCAAGAAGUGUCACCAAGGACACGACGUGGAGUUUAUACGGCACGAUAGGUUUUUCUGUGACUGUGGAGCGGGAACUCUGUCCAACCCCUGUACACUGGCUGGAGAACCCACACACGACACGGACACACUUUACGACUCAGCCCCGCCCAUAGAGUCCAACACGCUGCAACACAACUGAACACACAUCACAUGUACACACACACACACACUACAUAAACACACCUCCUAUAAUCUACAUACACACACUACAUUACACACAUUCAUAACACACUCAUAUAUAUAUAUAUAUAUAUAUAUGCGCGCACACACCGACAUAUACACCACCACACACACGCUGGCCAUAGGGAGCCAGAGAGACUGAACACGGUGUUUUCAGCAUGGACUGGCAUUGAGGAACCCUGAGAUUCAGAGAGAGACCGAGACAGUGAUGCACUUGGGAGUCUCUUCUAAAGGGAACUAUGAAGCUGGUCUGAAUUUGACUGGUCUGGUCUGGAUUAGCCUCUGGUGUACUGUGUUGAGAAACUGACUCGUACUGAACGGCCACAUGAGAUUCUCACCAUUGCAUCUCUGGACGCCAAAUGGCCAGGUAGAGGAUGGAGGGUGAGUGUGGAGAGGGUAGGGAAGUGGCUACUCGGAUAAUGUCGGAGUGGUCAAUGAGACUUCCUUUGCCUGUGACCCCUCACCUCUCAGUGACUCUCCAGGAUCCUGGGAAUUGAACUUCCUCCCAAGACAGGAAGAAAGGAGAUUUAGCCCCACCCACUGAGAAAGCGCUUCCUGUUCAGAGGCAUCUGUUACGAGGCAGUGGAUGUCUGAUAUAUACAUAUGUACUGCUAACGGAAGAGAGGGACUUUGAUCAAGCACCUCUGCUUUUAUAAUGUGUUAUUCUGAUCAACAGAUAUUAUUUUAAUGCUUUCUCAUGUAGUUUUGUAUUUACAAGCAAAAAAUCUUACUGUAUUUGAAUGUCUUUUUAUUAUUAUAUAUUAUAAUUAUAAAUGUUUGUCGUGUUGACCCCAGGCUUGCUGCAGUAGCUGUUAAUGUCCCAGUGGAUUUGUUCUUUCUGUGAAAGAGAAUCACGUUUAACACUAGAGACUCUCUCCAGGCUAGUAGAUGUAGGACUGGUGGAAGAUUGUGUGUGUGUUUGUUGAAGUGUGCAUGUGUAUGGGUGUGUUCAUAUGCAGUCCAUGUUUCUGGAGAGAGUCAGAUACGGGCGUCAGGCCUUUUUCAAACUGGGACAGAGGAGUCGUUCUGCAGUGCACUCAUAUUCUCUCCCCUUCUUGUUCCCUCCUCCCUCCCUCCUUCCCCGCUCUCUUCCUUACCCUGAUCUCUCCCUCUACUAUUCUCUCCCCCCUUCCUUUUUCUGUCUUUGUAUUCUGGUGACUGUGGCUCCUCAUACAGCCUGGAUCGUAUGCAUGUGUACCAUAACAUCAAGGUCGUGUGCCCCUGCUCAGACGCUGCGUGCCACGUCGUCGACUGUGCCGUCGGGAACCAGAUUGCUAUUACAUAUGUGGUUAAUUUGAUGCGUAAAAUACCUUCCCAGGCAUAAGAUCUGGCACGCAUCAAUAACGUCUGACCAGGGGGACACAACCCUAGACUUAAUAUAUUGUGAAGUAUUAAUACAACCAUUAUGUAGAUGCUAGUAUGAAUUCAAAAAGGGUUUCAUUUCCUAGGAAGAAAAAAAAGAAGACGGGAAACUGGUCGUUUGUAAGAAAAUAAAACUUUAUUAGAUCA